GCUCACAUCCCUCUCAAACAAUUUCAGCUGCAGGUAUGAAUCUUUUCAAAGAGAUCCUGCCUAGAGUAAGGAAAAUCCUUUCCAGUGCUACACUUUCAGAUGCUCAUGCUUUGCUCAGCCUCAUGCUGAAGGAAGAUGUUAUAUCCAAGGAAUAUUACCAGACUUUACUCCAUGAAAAAGACAGAGAAGACCUAGCUAGGAAGAUCUCUCUCACCUUUGUGGAAAAAUGGGAUUUGUGUUUGAACACCUUGGUUCCUCUGUGUUAUUUAAAAGUGUACAAUAAUAAGCACCAAAGUAUCACAGAUGGUGACUCAUCUCUAAACAGGGUCCUAGCUGGGAACAAAAGACAAACCAUGGAUUCUUCAAUUUUGACAGAAAAUAGCUUCCUUGAUUUGCUGCACAGUGAUAUUGAUCCAGUGCACCUGUAUACCCUGUUAGAUGCCAAGUCAAUUGAAAAUGAGGAAAGUGAGGUUCUAACAGAUCCUGAAAUUGACACCAUCAACCAUGAUCAGUUCAACAAUUUGGAUAUAUUUUAUACAAUGGAAAACAGUGAGAGUGGGGAAGAAUUAUAUAUCUGUUCAAACACAAGAGAAGCUUAUGCUAGAAUAGCUGGUUUAGCGGAAUAUGUGCUCAAAGAUGCACAGGAGAGGCAGAUGGAAGACACGUUUGCAGGAAACCUCGUCUUUGAUGAAAUGGCCACUGAAAGCACAGAGAGAUUUACAGAUUGCAAGAUGCAAAAAUGUCAUAAACGAAAAUUCUUAGGCACUGCAGAAAAUCACUCUGAUACUUCGGAACCCAAAUGCAGGAAAACAGUGGAUUCCCCUGCUGUGUCUACAGUGAACAGUAGUUUCUUAUCCGUGACUUUGAAUGGUUCUCCAGUGAACUCCAGCUCCUUCUCUCUCCUACACAUACCAUUUUCUGUUACCACUAUAAGUCCAACAGGAAGAAGUUUUAUAGCUCCUGGUUCCAUACCAAACUCUUUCCCUGUCACUGCUAAAGGGAUUCAAGUGAUUCCAGGUUUUCCAGCCCUUCCUCAGCAGAUAAUUAGCUUGCCUGUAAGAAACGGUGCCUCUGAUAUUAUCAUAUGUCCAGGGUCUUCUUUCCCCACCGAAACAUCACAGUUGGCAUCACCCAUUUUUCCAGUCAAUUUAUCUGGUGUAGAAAUUUCCAAGGGAUCACAAAUUCCUUUUGUUCCUUCCAAACAAACUCAGAAGAGACCAAAGCCAGUGGAAGCUUUCUGCAUGUCACUGAAGGAUUAUUUCUGUGAUGUGUGCAAGUUCAUGCCCAUGGAGCGUGAAGUAACUCUCGAUCAGCUCUACACUGAAGGGGCUCUUUUGCAAGGUCAACAUGAAACAAAGAGUGGAAAGAAUAUCAUCAAGAGCAUAGAGAAAGAGUCAGUUAUAUAUGAUUUGGAAGAGAAGGAAAAAACAGCUUUAGAAAGAAACCAAAUAUUUCAAGUCCCAGGAGGAAAAGAACUGGAAACCAAAAUAAUUGUGUUACUGGGAAAAGCAGGAAUUGGCAAAAGUAUUCUUGUUCAAAAGAUCUGUCAAGAUUGGUCCAAUGGCAAGUUUUCUCAGUUUGAGUUUGUCUUUUGGUAUGAAUGCAGAAGACUGAGUUUGCCUGAGAAGCGAUACAGCCUGAAGGAUUUGCUACUUGAAGUCUUUGUCAGACCUCAAGAGGGAAAAGAGGAAGUCUUCAAGUACAUACUGCAAAAUCCCAGUAAAGUCCUCCUCAUUUUUGAUGGUUUUGAAGAACUGCAGGAUCAUGAUGGCUUUACACAUUUCCCAGACUGCCAAUCUUACAAGGAGCAGUACAGCAUGAGAGAGCUAUUCGCCGGGCUCUUCCAAAAGAAGAUACUCAGUGGUUGUACUUUAUUACUAACAGCUAGACCCAAAGACAAGUUGAAUCAGUACUUAUCCAAAGUGGACAAGAUAAUUGAAAUGGUAGGGUUCUCUCCACAACAGGUAGAAUUAUACAUAUCCAGAUACUUCGAAGGAUUACCCUACUGUAAUGAUGCGAUGAAAUUAAUCAAAGAUUGUCAGUAUCUAUUCAGUCAUUGUUAUAGCCCUGUCAUGUGUAGAUUCAUUUGUUUUCUCUGUGAGAUGGUGUUUGAAAUGGGACACAAAGACUUGCCUUCAACCCUUUCUACUCUCUUACUAAAAUUCUUUCAAGAAAAAUUGAUACCUGCACAAACAGAUGGGACAACCAUAAAAAAUCAACAGAACAUAGUCAAGCUUGCUCAGGUAGCCUGGAGUCUUGGUGAACAGCAUCAAAAUGCUCUGAAGAGUGAUCUCUUUCCCUCAAAAGAAAUUAAAGAGUUUGCUCUGAAACAUGGCUUUGUACUACCAUUUACAUUCCCAAAGCAAUCGGGAAACAAGGAAGAAGAAUUUGGCAGUGUAUUCUCAAAUUUCAUCAUCCAAAAUUUUCUGGGUACACUUCAUCUGGUGUUUGCAGAAGAGAUCAAGGAUAAAAGCCUCACGAAGUAUUUUUCAUUCCCAUCCAGGAAGAAAAAGUCUCAUAAUUGGUUAGAUUUGAUGCCUCAAUUUUUGGCUGGAAUAUUGUUCCUGCAAGAUGACCCAUUCCUCUGUUCCCUUUCAAAUAAAGAUGUAAAGAAAAUCAUAACCAAAAAACAAAAAACACUCUUAAAAUAUAUUAAAAGAGUACAGAUAAGCAGUCUCUGUCCAGAAAGGUUACUUGAGCUUUUCCACUGUGUUUAUGAAACACAAGACCGCUAUCUUUUGCAGAAUAUAGCUUUAAGGCUUGAACCAGAGCUGUCUUUUCUGGGUACUCCACUCACCCCACCUGAUGUCUAUGUGCUGCAUUCUAUUUUAAAAAGGUCAAAAAAAGAAUUUGCCCUGGAUCUGAGGAACAGUGCCAUUGAUCUACAGGGGAUGAAAGACCUGGUUGGCCUGAAGAACGUGACAUCAUUCAGAGCUUCCCUCACUGAUACGAUCAGGCUCUGGGAGUCAUUAGAGCAAACACAGGAAUAUGAUCUGCUGAAGAUUACAAUACAAAAAUUUGCAAUUGAUCCAUUUAAAGCUAAAACUAUGAGGGACAUCAGUGAUCUUUCUGGCCUUGUGCACAUGCAAGAGAAAAUGAUCCAUUGCAUGAAAGAGACAUCUGGUUGCCAAAUUCAUGAAAUUCCUGCUAUCAAAAACCUUAAAAAAAUAGAAUUUGCGCUGGGUCCAGCAUGUGGUCCUCGGGGAUUCUUAAGACUUGUUGAAAUUCUCGUGUCACUUCCAUCUCUUCAGCAGCUAGACUUGGAUGCUCUAAGUGAAAAUGGAAUAGGAGAUGAAGGCGUAAAAAGUCUCUCUCAAGUAUUUUCUCAGCUGACAUCAUUGGAAGUAUUGAAUUUAUCACAGAAUAAAAUAACAGAUUUGGGUGCGGAGAAACUAGCUACAGCUCUUCCUUCCUUAUCUUCAUUAAAGACACUUAGUUUGUAUAACAACAGCAUUUGUGAUGCCGGAGCAGAAAAUAUUGCAAAAGUACUUCCUGCAAUGGCAUCCUUAAGGGUGCUAGAUGUUCAGUAUAACAAGAUAACAGACACUGGUGCCCAGAGACUGAGUGGCAGCCUGAGAAAAUGUCCCCACAUGAAGAGCCUGGCGAUGUGGAAUCCUACUAUUCCCUAUGGAGUUCUUGAGCACCUUCAGCAGCUGGAUUCCAGAAUUAUUUUGUAGAUUCAGCUGAUCCUGUGAAGGUGACACUAAGAAAAGAGAAAACAAAUAUCACUGACUUUUCUCAUCAUGUUUGCUGCUCUAUAAUUGAGGAAAAACCUCUUGCAAUUAUGUUGCCUACUCUGAGCACUGCAGAAUUGACAUCUGAAAUCAGGAAAUGACAUAGUCCGAAUUCUCAUAGUCAAUCAGGUCUCAAAUGCUGUUCAAAGGACCCAGUUCUCUUCCCAUUAAUGAAUGGUGUAGUUGGGAGGUGGCAGACAUGGGGUGCAACUGGGACAGCAGCCCCAGGCAGCACCAUUGCGAGAAUAUGCAAUCAACAUGGCAGAAGCCCACAUUGCCCCAAGGCAUGGAGCUGCCUUGUCGUGCCUCUGCACUGAAGUAGAUGAUGUAUAGGAUCAAGCCUCAAAGGUAAAAAGAUCUAGAUACAAUGCAGGAUGCUUCCAUAAUACAAGAUUACACAUACCAUACAUAUUUUCUGGUAUAUAAGAUACAUUUUUUUCCCAAAAUGGAAGUCUAAAUUUAAGUAGUGUCUUAUACAAAGUACAUAACAAAAAAAAUAUAGAAAUUAUUCUGAUAAAAUGUGACCAACUUUCAAUUACAUUUAUGUUUACACUUUUCCCACUAGUUUUUUUUUCUUGUUUGGGGAUUUGUUAUACACAAAGGGGUGUUAUACACUGGAAAAUAUGGUAACUAUACUUCCCACAUGGGACCAGGACUUUAACUUGUCACUGUAGCAUCUCAGCAAGCACAUGCUAAUCAAAGUAGAUCUUUUCCAUGGUGCCUGCUGGAUAUGCAACAAAACUUAAACUAGCAAGUUCUAGUGCUACACUUUUUCACAUGCACGUUUCCACAGAUUUCUAAGCACUAUCUAUACUAGAGAGCAUCAACAAGAUUGAUUGGCCUAAAGAUGAGAGCUGUUUGAUUCUGUACUAUUAAAACUGCAGCAUAUUCACACAACUGUGAAGCUAGAUGUCAAUAUUACACUAAUUUCAUAAGCUAUGAAUUGUUUUGGUUGUAUUUGUUCUAGCAGGUCUGUUAAUCAGUACAGGCAAAAUGGGUUCCUUUAAAUAAGGUGACAGAAAAGAAAGAAGUGCAGAGAACAAUACAAUUAAAAACAGAAAACUUGAAUGAUUUUUAAUAGUAAGACCAUCACACAUACCCACAUACAAGAUGUUACUCAAAAGUCCUGAAAACUGAAGGGUGAAAUUAGGCAGUCAUACUUUGUGUCUUAUGUGAAAUCAGAAAGUUGGCUUUUUAUAAAAUGAAAAAACUAAAUAAAUGUUUGCACUUAUUGUGGAGGAUACCUGAAAUCAUCAGCAAAUGUACACAUAUCAGAGUACAAAUCAUGUACCUGGCCCUGGAUUUAGAGUUGUGUGAUCUCUCGUGUACAAUUGGCAAUAUAAAAGUACAACAAACUAUUCAACAAAUACAAUUUUAACAAGAAAUCAUUCCCUUUUAUAGCAUUUAUAGCCUUUUUUACAGUCUC